AUGAAUAGCUACACGGAUAACGAAUACGACAGACCUACGAAGAGGGCAAGAUCUAGCCCAGAUGCACCCGGUGCUAUUGGAGGUGCCCUCGCUGACCUUGGUCAGAUAUCGAUGCCCAAAGAAACUGGAGCAGGUACAACGGCCCUCCCCGUCGCGGCACGCUCGACUGCUAGUAAACAAGAAAACGUCUCCACCGCGGUUUACAGGAAGGAGGCGCGUUCAAGUAAAACCCUCUCUUGUAACGAGUGUAGACGACUGAAAUUGAAGUGCGACCGAGUGUUCCCUUGUCAAUCGUGCUGUAAACGUGGAUGUGCGGAAAUAUGCCCGGAUGGCACGCUCACAUCAGGCAGAGGUAGCCGCUUCAUUCUUGCCAACACCGAACAGUUACAUGAAAAAAUUAACCAGCUCUGUGACCGGGUUAAAUUGUUGGAAGAAGCACUUGAGGUACUCCAGGCACGUAGCUCGCCAGAUACCCACCCCCUUUUAGCGCCAGAGCUUCUUCGAAUCAAGUCGACUUUCAGCACCGAAACUGAGGGAAUUCCCAGCUCACUUCCUUCGGCUGUUAACCCCCAUCCAACGGACAAUCACCCAGAAGAACCACCAUUUAUUUUCGGGCAGAAUCGGUCUCGCUUGAACGACUCUGGAGAGUCAAACUCAGGAUCACGCGCUUCCUCAGCUUGCUCAGAAGUCCCUAAUGACUUGCUUCAAUUGAGCUCCACCUUCCCAGUCCCUUGGGCGAUUGACUUGAAACUGAGGAAACGAAUUCGUGAUUGCUUACCACCGCGGAAUGAAGCUGAGACCCUGUGUCAGGCCGCCCGUCGAAACGCUCUAUGGCAAUUCGAUCUAGACUCAUCGAAUACAUUCCUCGACAAUCUUCUUCACCACGUUUACUCCACCACCAUCGAAGAGCUCAGUCCUAGGCGGUUAGCUUUGCUCUUAAUGAACCUUGCCAUCGGAAGUGUAGUCAGCGAGAGCGAACCAAUAGGUUCUCUGUCUGGUGAAGCUUAUCACCAUUUGUCUCGCGCCGCUCUAUGCGAGAUCCCGCUAUUAGACAUUCCCGAAUUCGAUCUAGUCCACACAAUCUUCUAUAUGAUAUGGUAUCAACUGAUGUUCUCCGACAACAAGGACGCCGUAACAUACGCAUGGAACUUGAUGGGCUUUGUUGCCAAGCUAUCACAAGGCCUUGGCCUGCACCGUGACACCUCCCGCAGUAAAGUGAUUCCAGAAGAAGAUGACAGAAGGCGAGCCGUUUUCUGGGAACUCGUUAAUAUCGAUACACGACUAAGCCUAUCGCUCGGACGACCUCCGUCUCUCUACGUCGGACAUAUUGACACACGGAAACCAGUGUAUCAAGUGUAUCAAGAAGGUCAAUCUUUGGACGGCUAUUUGUACCACGACUGGAAGACGAAAUUCCUCGCAGGCUGUCUCGAUCCAAUAUUGCAGGCCACUAUACAAAUCGAUCCGCCUCCCUACCUUCACAUAAUCCAUCUAGAUACUCUAGUUAGAGAUUUCCCCGCCAUAAACCUGCUACAAGGAAAGUCAAAGCCAACCCGAUCCUUAAGGAUGCAGAAUGCUGUGGCCAUAACAGGGCUUGAAAUAGCAAUUCUCCAACUUCAUCGGCGGUACUUCUUGAAGGCCCUGAGUAACGGUGGAGAGUUCGAUCUCGAGCAUGAAUACGCACCAUCUGUGGUUGCAACAUGCAUUGCUGCUACCUCGUUGAUAUCCUCCACCGAGGAAAUAUUCAACUGGGAGGCAGAUUUGACCGCGCGAUUUCUACAUUUCUGGUUCAACGCGUUCUCUGCUGGGGUUGCACUCUGUUUAGUAGUGGUUCGGGCACCAGCUAGCCCACUGUCUUCGUAUGCCUUGCAGUCCAUGCGAGGGGCUUGUCUUCUAUUUCGGAGAGCAGCGAAACUAUUGCCUUUUUGUGCGAAAGCGCUUCCGGUUCUGGAAAAGCUGACCCUGCGGUCACAGCUAGCAUACGAUCAACGUUCGACUCAGAACGGAUCUGACCUCGCCUUGCAAGGCAGCGGUGAGGCCCGUGGAUGCGUUUCGUCUGGUUUCACCAGUGCUCAUGCUAGUUUGCGUCGUUGCGCCGAGGACAUCAUAGCUCACUCACGUAACGUCCCCGGGCUGAGGCAGGUGUCCCCUCACAAUAACCAAGAGGAGUGGGAGAUGGAACGACUUCCGGACGUUUAUGGGUUUAACUCGUUAGGAUUUAGUACUGGCGAUCGCUUCUCUAGAGAUGGAGAGUUUGCCAGGCUGCUCCCUCACCCAUUCGCACCUUGCUCGCCUCGUAUAGCGGAAGAUGAACCCUUUAAUCUCGAGUGCGGCGCACUCACCUUGGACCUUACGAACACCAGCUACAUGGCUUGGUUUUAG